UAGAGAGCAGCGCCCAGUAGUGUUACUCCGCCUUCAGCGUGGGACGGGCCUUCCUUCCUUCAGUCCUCACCCGGGGGGCCGCCGCGCAGUUCAACCCGCUGCAGGAGAAGAGAUCAUUAGGCGUCUGUCGUGUAUCUCCUCCCACGAAAGAUAAGUGAAAGAUAAAAAACAGAGAGACUAAAAGGCGAAUGAAUUAAAGUGUCUUGAAGAAGUUAAAAGUGUGAAAAAUCUACAUUUUCAAAAAGUGCCAAAAACUGAUAAGCCAGUUUUCUCGCUGUGUAUAAAUAGCAACCACCCGAUAAAAUUAUAAAAUGUGAUAAAGAAGAAAAACUUAAGAUUAAUAUAACGAAGAAAAACAUAAUUUAAUAUAAAUUAGAAAAACGUUAAUUAAUAUAACGAAGAAAAACAUAAAUUAAUAUAACGAAAAAAAAAUUUAUAUAACGAAGAAAAACAUAAAUUUAUAUGUAGGGGCAAAAGACGUCAAAAUUAUCGCUGGAAUUUCGUCAAAAUGACACACUGAGUUCCAGGAGUGUCGAUGGAAAAGGACAAAAAAGUGGAUUUGCUCGAGUGUGUAAGGAACGCAGUGAGUGGCGGUCAUCCUCUCAAACAAAAGAAGGCGGCCAAGGACAACAAGGACUCUAUGAAAAAUCCUACAGCGUGGGCACACAAGACAAAUAAAUUCUUAGGUACGCGAAACAGGCAAGGUGCUGGAAUGGUAGCAGACGUAGAAAAGCAAGACACGCCCCUCAUGGCCAUGGCUGCCACGGAACCCAGAACCUUAGAAGCCGACAUCGUCAACGAAUACAUAAGUUGUGACAAUGACGCCGGCAUCCGUCGCUUACUGCAGGAGUCAGGAUCUCUCAGCGUCUGGCGUCCGCGUCCUCGCGCAGCCCAGGCUGCUCAGAUCACCUCCUCCCUCCACACAGCCGCCAAGAAAGGGGCAGUGAAGUGCCUUCAGGCCCUCCUCGACGCCUCGCCUCCGCCAGAGAUCCUCGAUAUCCCCGACCAUGUGGGCAAGACACCUCUUAUGGUUGCUGUCACGGAGGGGCAACCUAGGGCAGUUGAGAUGCUGCUGAAGGCUGGGGCACACGUCAAUGCCCGCAAUGACAGUGGUCUGAGCUGCCUGCAUCUCUUGGUUUUCUCCAUACAUAAAGGGGCGAUAGCCGAGGAAACCUUACAGGAAAUUGUUGACCUCCUCCUGUCGCAAUCGGAAAUUGAUCUGGAGCCUCAUAACGACUCCAAUAUGACGCCACUCGCUCUGGCUGCAGAAAGGAUACCCCCGUCAGAUAAAGCGCCUCGAUCCAGUGGUCUCAUUAGCUUCUGCAAGAAGAUGGUGAGCGCUGGAGCUUCCCUCACAGAAAGAGCAGAACACGGAACCAUAGAAGAAGUUCUUCAGUAUAAAAAGGCUCAUACAGCUGUGUUGAUGGGCAUUGUACCCGCUGCCCCGCCAAACAGGCCGAGCACUUCAGAAUUCCUUGAUAUGAUCAUACUCAAGAAGGACAUAGCAGACAUCAGAGAAUUCCUGAGAAAGAAAUCACGUGAGGAGGCUCGCUCAGCAGCCAAUGGUCGCCUCGGGUCGCAGACUCUCCUCUUCCGAGCUGUUGACUCAACCAACGAACCUCUAGUUGAAGCACUUUUAAAGGCUGGUGCUAAUACUUGGGCCUUUGAAAUCACCAAUGAGUUGCCGAUACAUCGCUCUGCUGCUAGGGGUCACUUUGGUAUACUCGACCACGUCAUUAACUAUAUGAAGCCUGAUAAAAGGCCCGUUGACCUGCAAGAUUACACUUUCAGCAUCAUCCAGAAAUUAAUGGAGAGCAGCAAGAAACAGAAGGUGUGUGACCCCGAAAUCAGUUAUUCAAAAUGCCUGGAAAGACUGUUGCAACCUGAUGUCCUACUCAACUUCAACCAGACGCUUGACGAGGCUACUUCACAAACGACGCCUUUGCACAUUGCAGCGUCAUUCAACAAUCAAGAGGCCAUUAGUCAAUUGCUCUGUCACGGAGCUUUUCUUGGUGCUCGAAGAAUAGUGAUGGGGAAGGAUUAUGGUCACGUUUUAGGAGCUCUGCUGCCAUCCACGCUUCAGCACGCUAUGGACGGCUGCAUCACCCACCAUCCCAACAACCAGGAUGAUGAAGAAGGUGAAAACAUUUUCACUGACAACUAUACACUCGAUCUAGAUUACAGCUUCCUAGUUCCUCCCGUAGACACAGAUUCGAAGGAAGAAGCCAAGAGAGUCAAUGAAAUGGAAACUCUGAUGGAAAUUAGCAAGAGCAAAUUGCAUCGUCCCGCCAUCAAGCAUCCCUUGGUUCAGACGCUUCUCUACGCGAAAUGGCGCAAGGCUCUGCCUCUUUACCUCUUCAAUCUCUUUAUAUACUUCGUGUUUGUUGUCAUUCUUACAGCUUUCGUUUACAGCAUCAAAGACCUGAGAAUUCUGGAGGCAAGAGCAGCAGAAUUUCUUAAGAGCAAGGGAUCAGUAAAUGCAACUUUAAAUGAAGAUGUUGAGAGCAAACAAACGACUGUGAAUGUCCUCAUGGCCUUCCUCAUCCCAUGCACGAUCUACAUGGUCAUCAGAGAGGUGUUCCAGAUCUACUUCUCCCACAGCACUUACCUCAAAAGCAUCGAAAAUUACUUGGAGUGGAUCCUCGUGGUGUUUGUUUUCGUCUUGUGCGUAGCUCCCUUGGAUGUUGACUCUACAAGACACUUGGCUGCCUGGUCAAUGAUUGUGGCAUGGUAUGAGUUCGUCCUGGUGCUGGGCCGUGCGCCUCCACUAGCCAUUUACAUCACGAUGCUGCGCCACGUCUCUUGGAACUUCCUCAAGCUCAUCUUCCUGUACGGCGCCCUCAUCCUUGCCUUCACCAUCAGUUUCAACAUCAUCCUUCAGCCAUCCAUAGGAGAGGAGGACACCGAAUUCAGCGACUUCUGGACGACUCUGCCAAAGGCGAUCGUGAUGGCCACGGGAGAGUUCGAAUACUCGGACCUCAACGAACACUUCUCCCGCCAGAUCCUGUUCCUUACAUCGGCUCUCCUCGUUUUCCUUCUCUUCCUCUUCCUCAUCUUCUUGGUGCUGAUGAACGUGAUGAACGGACUCGCCGUCACGGACACGCAGCAAGUUGUCGAUGACGCAGUCUUGUAUUCUCUGACAUCGCGACUGGAACUCGUGUACUUAAUCGAGUCCUUGUUCUUGAACUUCCCGGGAAUGAGGUCUUACACGUCCAAGGUCCAGCUUCUGACAGGGUCACACAAUUCUCCAGUCUUGCAGGCCACGAUCAACAAGGCGAAAAAGGGAGAGAGGCUUUUGUCCGGAAAGCAUCACGACCAACAGAGCAAGCUCGAUGACGACACCACCACUAACCUUAGGACUCACCGCCUUCAGCACAUAGAAGAGGAGGACCGUCAGAGGCGAGGGGAUCCCGUGAGCCAGUGUCUGUCCAUACUUCAGGAACUGCAGGACAUGGCGACCAACCACCCACUGGUCCUUCAGCAGACAGCUUCCACUCUGCGGACCAAACGAGGGAAUUAGAUCUCGGAAUGUCUUGUGUAAAAUGACAGCUCUCUAAGGAGGGAGAUUCAUCGGCCAUUCGUCUAUUAAGAAGGAAUACAGUUCCUGUAACUCAGGUUACAGUGUGAGUGAAUGGUUAAUAAUACCUGAGGUUUGUAUUUCUAGUGGAAAUACAAAGUACUUAGAAGAAAUGGCAGUGCCAUAAAUAUGUCUAAUUUUUUGACGAGAUACAAUGAAAAGUUUACAUUCCAUUUGCAAUAUAGCCAAAAUAGCCUAAUCUAAAUAAGAAUCUUAUGAAACUAUAUAUUUAUUGUUGAUUUUUUUGUAACGACAAAAUGAAUGUGAAUUUUUUGUUCUUUAUAAGCAAAAUGUGCCUUCAACAAGUGUUGCUAGAUGUUGGUUUACGUUUAAGAAACUUACAUGAGAAAAAAAAAAAGCUAUUAAUUCCUCUCCAGAGCUUGAAUGAGACUGUCUUUUGUUUCUUCGUAAACUAAAUGGAGAACUUCAUGACAUCUAAUUUCAAAUAAUGAAAGAAAAAAAUUUCCUUCUGGGCUGAGAUUUACUCACGAAAGCCGAGUAACUAAGGUUUUGCUUUCGGCUUAAGGUUUGUGAUAGAAAUAACUUUUUUUAUUUACCUUUAAGUUUUAUACGAUUGUCGGUAGUUUUUUUUAGAGAUUAUUUUACGUAAUCAGAUUACUCAUCUUGAUUUAGUUCGCCAAGUGUUCUUGCUGCUUUGAAAAGUGAAAUU